GACAUAUUAAUGAAGCAUGACGGUAAAAGAUAAGCCUAGAGAUGAUGGUAAAAUAUUGAUGCGUAUGACUUAAAACAGAAUAUCAAUUAUAUUGUCAGCAUCGGGGAUUUAAAUGGAAUUUUGAUUGUCAUGCGUUGUUUUUUUUCCCCAUAUUUUCAAGAAAUAUUUUUAGAAUAAAUCCCAUGCAAUGAACGAUAUUCUGUGGAAAAAGAAUAGCCAGUUACUUAGUCAUUGUUACGUCACAGGAAGGACAAUAAGUGAACAGUUGGAUGAAAUGAAUAAUAAAUAGCCGCGAUGCAGGGAUACACUUAAAGACGAAAAUUAUGAGAAAAUUACAAGAUAAGGAACUGACUUGUGUUAAUUAUUAACAGACCCGUCUGUGUCGCUAUUAGCCCCUAGGAAAAGGAUCUCGAGCCGAGGAGGGUCUUACCCACGACAGCGCAGUCCCCGUUACAGAGGAUCUCACUUCAUUUUUUUUUCUUCAAAAUAAAAUAUCGAUCAAAACAUUAGAUUGGAAUGGGCAUUUGGGAUUUAACUUUUGAUUAAUGAAAUGCUCCUUGUGUAUGGAGAUUAAUUUUGGAAUUAAUGGAUUUACCAUGGUUUUUCACUGUCAAUGCGUUUUAAAUACGAAAUGAAGGAUUAAUCUGCGGCAGACAAAAAGGAUCUUCACUUAAAAAUGGAUGUUAAAGUAUAUGAAAUAUAGUAUUACUAGCAUUUUACAAGCGGAUUGUACUGUAACGAAAUCGUUGUAUUUGCAAUUAAAGCGUUUGAAUAAAUAUUAGCAUACCGAUGUUUAAAUUGACAUUAAAUUUAUACAAACUGUAUAUUACAAUUCAUGCCCUGAAAUAACAAUAUAUUGUGAAAGUAUUUGACUCAUAUUAUAUCGUAUUUCACUUCUUAAACCAAAUAAAAAUAUUAGCUGCUCAAGGACAUACUUAAAGGAGAAAUUAGAACUUACAUUGGGGGUGGCACAGAUUCAAACAACUUUCCUAAGUGAUUUUCGUGAUUUUCAUUUCCACGGUACUCAAAUUCUAAUUGAGUUAAUUACUGGUUAACAUGACGUUCCUGCUGAGUAAUUAAUCAUCUACCGGUCUUAUCUAAAGGUUUUCUACAAUCAAGGACGCAUUGGAAAAAAUAGCCACAAUAGAAAGAAUGGAUAAAAGUGACAUUUCGCAUGUAAAACCUCAAAUUUUGUUAUGAAACAAAUAGACACUCGUAUAUUAUACUACGAAAAAAAAAACCGUUCAAAUAUGAUUUGACGGACAAUUAUUUCGAACAGAUUAAUUGAUUUAAAUAAAUGUUUCGGAAAUAAUAUUUCGUUUCGGAGUGCUUAAAGAAAAUAACAUACAGGUAUAUAGUUGUAUCGAGUGAACAUUGUUGCUGUACCUAUAUCUUACAUGUAUGUGUGUUUUCCCAAUAAAACAGACAGGUAAAGUGCAUUCAGGAAAUGUUCGCACGAUUUUACCUACAUGUAUAUUGACUCACAGAUUCCUUAAGAUUGGUGCGCAUUCUUUUCGGAGAUUUAUACGUUUUAAAGCGUUUCGAUUAUAGAUACUUACAGAUAGUUAAAACACAUAGGUUAUCGUUUGUGUCAAGUAUAUUAAAGUGUUGGAUUUACGACGAAACCCUGAUCAAACAGAAUUUAUCUAUCGAUGGAACUGUUUAAACAAAAGUUUUGUCGAUUUUACGAACUCUUCAAAUCAAGGUAACGACUUCGGCUUAGUUUUCAACAACAGUACUUGUUGUCUUUGAGCAGGUUAGUGUAAAGUGUACAAACACUUAAACAUACACACUGCACUUGAACUUAAUUAUUAAACAAUCGUUUCAAACCUCAGGAUGGGGUACGGUAUUCAACGUUUUAUCGGACCUGUUGAUCCUAAUUUGAUAUGUGGAAUAUGUAGCGCUGUUCUUGAGGAUGCCGUUUUGACGCCAUGUGGACACACGUUCUGUUUGUGCUGCAUUACUACGUGGCUGGGACGGCCAAGCACUGACACGUGUCCAGAAUGUCGGAGCAACGUGUCUAUGGAAAACGUGAAACCCGUGCUUUCUCUUCGUAAUCUCAUAAACGGUUUUGAUGUUGAAUGUGACUACAAUGAUCGUGGAUGUAAAGUCAUCAUUAAGUUAGACAGACUAAAAGGUCACUUAGAGACCUGUGGGUAUGUGCCAAUCGAGUGUGCUGGGUGCAACAGUACUAUCAGCAGAUUCGAACUCGCUGCCCACCAAAUCAGGUGUGAAGCCAUAGCUAAUUCAGUCAGGGACGACGAGGGUGAAAGUGAUACCUCUAUUAGACUAGGAAAUAUACGUUUCAGCCAUACAUUGAAUUCAGCCGACAUAUCUGAACUUAUCUCUAAAAUAGCGAGUCUGGAAUUCCAGGUAAAAACUUUGAAACGAGAUCUUCAGAUAACUGAAUCAAAGAAUCGCGUUUUAGAACGAGAGUACCGUAAAACGAAGGAAGAACUUCAACAGAAAAGGAGUGAACUUAUAGAACUAAACAGUGACUACGACCCGGAUUAUGAAUAUGGGUAUACGCCCCAAAGUAUAGCUAAACUUUCGUUCCUCAUUGCGAGGUAUCUAUUAAAGAAGCCUUCAUACAUAGACAGGGAUAAAAUAUUCAGUGCGGUGCGAAGAUGUUACGAUAAAUACGCCCGGUGCGGUUCUGAGUUUGAGCACGAUGUUCACAUGCUUCUGGCCACGGCAUUCGCCAGUAACUGGUUCACAGAGAGCUACAAAACUACUAUACAUUACUGGCUACAGAGCGUUGUCCGUUAUAGACAGAUAGUGACCAGCUCGUCCAAAUACCAAUCUCUUGUGAAAUAAUAUAUUAUUUUAUUCAAUAUUCAGAUCUAUUAAAAUGCAACUUUUGUAGUAUUUUACCUAUUAAAGCUCGAAAGAAUAAGAAAUCGGACACAACGUGUCUUUUGAAGUUACAGAUACCCUUUUGUUUGAUAUCUAGAAUGAAAUCAAGAGAAAUUUCAAUGGAAGUCAUUGAUAUAGCAUGCAUUUUUACAAUUAAAAACGCAUUUAUUUAUAAAUAUUUACGACCUACAUAAAUAUCAAUAUUUUUUUCACAACGCUCAUUUUUGCAAAAUCACUGCACAAAAAUGAAAAAAAAAAAGAAAAAAAGAAAGGUUUUAGUAUUUCGCUUGCAAAAUGAUUUAUUUCAAAUGACACGUGGAUCAUAUGUCACCCUAUGUUAAACAAUUUUCUUUUUUAUCACUUUACAAAAGAAAAUGCAAGAUGAAGAAAUUCUGAUCGUUAAUAAACUAUCAAUUUAUAUAUUCGAUCUGUCGAUAAGAUUAUGUCUAUUUCUUCACUUGUCACAAGUAGUUAUUGUAGAGCAAAAGAAAAUUUAUAAUGCACAUUUAUUUGCAGUUUAGAUCAUGUUUCAGUUUAUUCACAUUAAAUGUAACAUUAUUCCACACCCAAAAUAAAAUAAAAAAAGAU